AUGACCACUCGGUCAGCCAAUCGGACUGUGCUGCUCGAUAUUGAGGAGGACAAUGGACAGGCAACCACUGCGACGAGAUCGAACCGAACCAGGUCACAUACGUCCAGUACGAGAUCCCGUGCUGCUACUACCAGUUCUAGAUCUCACUCCCGACGCAGACCAGGCGAGAAAAAGCGAGUUCAAUCCGUUGCAACCGCAGAUUUCCGCGGUACGAACCCCGUCAUGGAUGGAGAUUCUGAGGAAGAAGAGCAGGAGCCAGUGGAGCGAAUCCCCACCCUUGACGAGCGAGGACACAUUAACUUCACCAAUUCGAGGUACAAGAAGUCGGUGGAUUCUGCUAAGCGCAGCGUCCGAGCUAGAGGCGCGUUACCUGCAGGCUCAGCGCGAUCCAGAGACCCGUUUAACCCGAUUUCACCCACACGAACCAACCAGCCGAACGACUGCAGAAGGCAAUUUCAACGACAGCAAGCUGCGCCCGUCGAUACCCGCGGACGCUCACGGUCUCGAAAGCAGAGUGUCCUCGGUAGUUGGACAUUCUGUGGCCAGUCGUAUCCGAACUGGUUCAUACGUUUGGGCACUACAGUCGCCCUCGUGCCGGUUGUCGUGUGUGGUUUGAUCUUCUGGCCUGUUCUAGCAGCAGCGUCGUUAACGACGAUAUUGCUAUGCUUUUGUUGUUACGAACAUGCGUGGCUAUCAUUUCGUAUUUACAAGCAACUGCUCGGUACUUAUCAGUGGUAUGAAGGUAACGAGGGACCUUUGGAUCUUGGAGAUGUGGCUGAUGAUAGUACUCGUAGCAACGCAUCGGUGGUCUGUGGAUACCAAGAUGGAGGUGACCGACGCUUUAAGAACUCUUUUGUCUCGACAGCAUUUACGCAGUCGACUACAUCGUUCCAAACGGGAACUAUGCUCGGUUCGGACGACGGUAACAUGACGUUCUUAAGUAAUGAUAAGGAUCCAGGAGCUGAAACCCACACGAGACGUCCUAAGGCGAUUUUUGAACUCGAGAUCGAGACUUCACGUGGAAUACUACUCGGCAUGGCAAACUUAUUGUUCUGUGGCAAUCUGCGGCUUGCGCGUGUGGUGGUUGCUGUCUUGCUCACGAUUUGCUGGUCGGUGGCUUGUACCAUGGCUUUCCCGUUAAUACCGUUUCCCGUGUCUAGUACACCGAGGGAUAUCGAGUCGGCACCCUACUAUUUUUGGGUCGUUAAUUUCGUGGCUUCUUUGUGUGCCGUAAGUUGCCCAACAUGGCCUAGUGCGGUCUCGUUGGUGUUGCAGAAAUCUGCCUUCGAAGUGUUGCUAUUGAACGCAUUGAACUGUCCGUUGGCAGCAUCAGUGGGAUGCAGUGCAGCUCCAAUUUCGUCGAUGCAGGCGUUUGCUUUAGGAGCGAUGGCGGUGGUGCUGGUGCAUUCGCUCUCGGCGCGUGGACCUGCUAGUCUAGUCGUUGCAGCAACAUUGGACUUGUUAGGAUACGCUUAUGUUGCUGGAGCUCUCGGGCUUCUAAUUUCGAUGGUAGAUCCAAGCGAUCGCAAGUCAACAUGGGCCACGAUCUGGCUUGGGAUGUUGAGUGCGAUGUGGGUGGCGCAGCUCGCCGGCUAUGUGUGCGACGCCAUUAUGUAUCGCUUCCAGCUUCCUCGUAUGCGAUUACUGCCUCCACGGAUUGUAGUGACGCUAGAUGUGGAGGCAUCGCUGUGCGCUAUCGCGGCGGGUAGUCUGGUGCUCGUCUUUGGAGGCGCCGUACUUGAUGUUCCUGGUGGGGUGGUGCCAAAAGUGCUCUUCUCAGUUGGUAGCGUGCUCAUGGCGAGGUUUGGACGUCUCAUUAUCUCUCUACUGAAGAAAGCAGCGGGUGUGCGUUGCAGUGGACGUCUCAUGCCGGGCUUUGGUGGAGCUUUGGACGGCUCGCAUGCGCUGCUCUUCACGUCGAUCGUGUUUGUCAAGUACUAUCUGUACGUCAUAGCGCGACAGAGUAGUGAGGUGGACGACAUGAGUGGCAGUGGUAGCUCCGCACUAUGGGCGACGGUCACGUUUAGCACCGAUCUUCGCAGUUAAAAGGCUGUAGUGACAUGUUAUUUAACUGUUGAAAAGCGAAUGAAGCUUUUCAGGUAAAAAGGUGAAUUUUUAUCAUUGA